AUGUUCCGCUCUGUGUCUCGUUGUGUUUCCUUCUGCAGUAUAUAUAGUAGUGAUGACGAUGAAGAAGAUGUUGAGAUGUACGAUCACGAUUAUGAUGGUCUGCUUCCUAAAGUUGGAAAACGUCAUUUAGGAAAAACCAGGUGGACCCGUGAAGAGGAUGAGAAACUGAAGAAGCUUGUGGAACAGAACGGCACAGAAGACUGGAAAGUCAUUGCCAAUUUCCUUCCUAAUCGGACAGAUGUUCAGUGCCAGCACCGAUGGCAGAAGGUAUUAAACCCAGAACUUAUCAAAGGCCCGUGGACUAAAGAGGAGGAUCAAAGGGUAAUAGAACUCGUGCAGAAAUACGGUCCAAAGCGCUGGUCUGUCAUUGCUAAGCAUUUGAAGGGAAGGAUUGGAAAACAGUGCAGGGAGAGGUGGCACAACCAUUUGAAUCCAGAAGUGAAGAAAACCUCCUGGACAGAAGAGGAAGAUAGAAUUAUUUACCAGGCACACAAGAGACUGGGAAACAGAUGGGCAGAAAUUGCAAAGUUGCUGCCUGGACGAACUGAUAAUGCCAUCAAGAACCACUGGAAUUCUACCAUGCGCCGGAAGGUCGAGCAGGAGGGCUAUCUGCAGGAGUCUUCCAAAGGCAACCUGUCUUCAGCAGCUGCCGGCUUUCAGAAGAGCAGUCACUUGAUGGGCUUUGCUCACAAUCCGCCUUCUGCGCAGCUCCCAAUAGCCGGCCAGCCCCCUAUGAGCAACGACUAUCCCUAUUACCACAUCUCUGAGCCACAAAACGUCCCUGGCCAGAUCCCAUAUCCAGUAGCACUGCAUGUAAAUAUUCUCAAUGUUCCUCAGCCAGCUGCUGCAGCCAUUCAGAGACACUAUAAUGAUGAAGACCCUGAGAAAGAAAAACGAAUAAAGGAAUUAGAGUUGCUACUAAUGUCGACUGAGAAUGAACUGAAAGGGCAGCAGGCAUUACCAACACAGAACCACACAUCAAACUACCCAGGCUGGCACAGCACCGCAAUUGCUGACAAUGCCAGGACGAGUGGUGACAGUGCACCUGUUUCCUGUUUGGGGGAACAUCACCACUGUACUCCCUCUCCACCAGUGGAUCACGGUUGCUUACCUGAGGAAAGUGCAUCCCCUGCGAGGUGCAUGAUUGUCCACCAGAGCAACAUCCUGGACAAUGUUAAGAAUCUCUUAGAAUUUGCAGAAACACUCCAGUUAAUAGACUCCUUCUUAAACACGUCAACCAGUCACGAAAACCUGAGCCUGGACAACCCCGCUUUAACUUCCACCCCCGUGUGCGGCCAUAAGAUGGCUGUUACCACACCGUUCCACAGGGACCAGGCUUUCAAAACGCAGAAGGAAAAUCAUUUUUUCAGAACUCCAGCAAUCAAGAGGUCGAUAUUAGAGAGCUCUCCAAGAACACCCACUCCAUUCAAAAACGCACUUGCAGCUCAGGAAAUCAAAUAUGGUCCUUUGAAGAUGUUGCCUCAAACUCCGACUCAUCUGGUAGAAGAUCUGCAGGACGUUAUCAAGCAGGAGUCUGAAGAAUCUGCAAUCGUGGCUGGGCUACAUGAAAGUGGACCCCCUUUGCUGAAGAAAAUCAAACAAGAGGUGGAGUCUCCAACAGAUAAAGCUGGACAUUUCUUUUGCUCAAACCACUGGGAAGGAGAACACCUGAACACUCAGCUCUUUACACAUGCAUCUACUGUGGAAGAUGUGCCAAAUCUUCUUACUAGCUCCAUUUUAAAGAUGCCAGUGUCAGAAGAGGACGGUAGUUUUCACAAGACAUUUGCGGUACCUAGGAACAGGCCACUAUCUCAUCCACUGCAGCAUCUGAACAACGCUUGGGAGUCGGCGUCCUGUGGCAAGAUAGAGGAUCAGAUGGCCCUUACUGAUCAGGCACGCAAGUACAUGACCGCAUUCCCAACCCGGACUCUGGUGAUGUAAAAGGGUCUACGGAGAAGCAUUAUGGUUUUCAGAACACUUCACCUUCACUGGGAAAUUACUGUUCCUCUGCAUGAAAACUUUUCAUGGAUGGGAGAAGAGCCUAUCUUUGUUGUGGUACAACAGUUGGGAGCAGCACGAAGUGCAUUUAGUCACUGAGCAUAUAUAUUCUUGUUGGAUUUCACCCAA